GUGUCAGAGUCGCGCUUGGAGCCACCCGUGCUCCUCAUCCCGCGAGGAAGGCUGGCUAUUAAAAGCCAUCCCAGCUUCUCUCCCAGCCCAGCCUGUGGGACAACCACAUUCCUCAGGGCUGUAAUUUCCCAGGUUUAUAUUUAGCGGAGCAGGGAUAUAAAAGGGGUGCCGGCCGCGCUCCUCCGAGGCUGCCGGAGCCGCGGGUGUCCCUCUCCGUGCCCAUGGACACCUCGUACCCGCGGGAGGAGCGGCCGCCCCCCAAGCGGGGGCCGCCCCCCGCCGCCCCCGCGCCCCGCGACCACCUCAUCUGGGCCAUCUUCAACACCCUCUACAUGAACUUCUGCUGCCUGGGCUUCGUGGCACUCGCCUUCGCCGUCAAGGCUCGGGACCGGAAAGUGUCCGGGGAUGUGGAAGCUGCUCGGCACUUCAGCUCCAAGGCACGGUGCUACAACACCCUAGCCACGGCGGGCAGCGUGGUGCUGCCACUCCUGCUCGGUGCCCUCAUUGUCACCGGUGUCAUCCACCUCUCCAAGCUGGCCCAGGAGUCCGUCGGCUUCUUCACCUACCAGUUCAGCGGGAGCGACGAUGAGGACCAGUGACCCAGGGUGGAACCUCCUCUGCAUCGCUGGUGGCCCCCCAAAAAGGCCACCACCCCUCUCUGCCACACCGCUCCCCAACCCCACCGUGAGGGCAUGGUUGUUUUUGUUUAUCCUGUGGGUUUUUUUACCUCCCAUUAUCCCGUGUGAAGCCCCAGAUUCCGUGGUCGCUAUUUACAUCAUUAAACACUUCACACAG